AUCUUCUGCUUCCCCUCCACUUCUCCGCCAAUCACUCCUCCUUCCCAUAUUCCAGAUUCUAUUCUCCUCCCACUCCUCACAUAUCAUUUGAUCUGAAAUUUUUUGGGGUUUUCCCCCUAUCUGUUUGUCCUUUCUGUCAACAGGGGUUCUUGAAUUAUUUGUUUGUUUUGGUUUCUUGGGGACAAAGAUUAUAGAGAGAGGAUGAAGAUUCAGUGUGAUGUGUGUGAGAAAGCAUCUGCCACAGUGAUUUGCUGUGCAGAUGAGGCAGCACUGUGCACACAAUGUGACAUAGAAGUUCAUGCUGCAAACAAGCUUGCAAGCAAGCACCAGAGGCUUCUUCUUCAGUGCCUCUCCAACAAGCUCCCUCCCUGUGAUAUUUGCCAAGAGAAAGCGGCAUUCAUUUUCUGUGUGGAGGACAGAGCUCUCUUCUGCAAGGAAUGCGAUGAGCCAAUUCAUUCUGCCAACAGCCUCGCUGCAAACCACCAGCGAUUUCUAGCCACUGGGAUUCGAGUAGCACUGAGUUCCAGUUGUAAGAAGGACGCCCCAAACGCACAAUUGGAGCCACAGCCACCAAAACCAAACUCACAGCAGGUCACUGUUAAAACGCCUUCUCAACAAUUGUCUGGCAUCACGUCGCCUUCUUGGGCCGUCGAUGACUUACUUGGAUUUUCUGACUAUGAAUCCUCAGAGAAGAAGGAGCAGCUUGAGCUCGGUGAGCUGGAAUGGUUAAAUGAUAUCGGUCUGUUUGGAGAACAUGAAGUCCCCGAGCUGUCUGUGGCUCCUCAGCCUAGCCACGCGAGCAUGAACAAGUCAGCCAAAUUCUACAUGCCUCACAAGAAGGCGAGAAUUGAUGUCCCAGACGACGAUGAGUUCUUUACUGUCCCUGAUCUCGGUUGAAUCUCGGGACAAUGGAGCCUUCUUCAUUCUACUAAUACAUUGUUAGCAGUGGUUGAACUGUGGUAGCUACUACACUAUGACAUAGACAUACUAUAUCUGUGUAAAAUGUGUACAUCUGCUUCUCUGUAAUAGAUCAUCAUCAUCACUGCACUUUCAGUAUCAGAUUCUCCCUAGCUAAAUCUGGUAAUUUGGGUGGCAAUUUUCUUUCUUGAUUUGCUUC